AUGGGGUUAGCAAGCCUUACGACCGUUUUUGCCGGCUUGAGCAUGUUGGGGUUCUAUUUGGUAUGGGCCCUUAUGGGACUCAAUGGCAGCUUGGAAGCUCUGUUUGCGACAAUUGCGUCGGGUGUCUUCCUUGAUGGACAAGAGUUGAAGAAGAGCUGGACCGGAGUAUGGGCGAUAGACUUCGUGAUCUGCCUUCUCGUGGUUUUUUUCGAGGGCCUAAUCGACUUGUCGGAUGAUUGUGGUGUAUGGCAGUAUUUAUGGGAUUGCGGAGGUGUUGCUGUCUUCUUCCCCAUAUACUCGUUAUUAUACGUCCGCCGGGGCUCGUCGAGCGCAUCACCAGUCCCUGUGGCGGAAGCACAGGCGCUCCCAUUCACUGCCAUCUGGGGUCUCUUUCUGAUUAUACCUCUCAUGCGACCAGCCGCGAUUCAUGCAACGACUCAGCAAGGAACCGUCAUAUUUUUCCUGGGGCCUCUGUUUUAUGUUGCUUUCCACCAAAUCGUGAAAAGUAUCUUCGCGAGAACGAAUUAUCGAGGAAGCAUGAGGCCGGCGAAGGUUGCGUACUUUAUUGUUGGUGCUGCUAGCGCUAUAGUUCACGUCGGCGUUGCUAUUUACGCCAUGUCGUCGCUCUCUGAUUCCAAUGUGUCCCUGAGCCAGAUUUAUAUCCCCAACGAUAGCGCGGUGCAGCGCGGCCAACUAAAUGUUGUAACGAAGGGCGCGCUGCAAUUUAUUCAGUGGGACAACGUCAUGUUAAACACCGUCGCCCUUCUUCUUGGCAGUUAUGUACUGUGUUUUGAGCCUGUCCUACGCGCCAAGUCCUCAAGGAGGAAUGAGCGAGCUAGCACUCUGCUCUCGAGCCUCGUUGGCAUCACCUUUAUUUUUGGAGCUGGUGCAGGAUUGGCUUUCGCCUUUUACUGUAAGGAGCAUUGGCUAUCUGCCGAUGAGGAGUCAUUCCCUGACGAGAAGCGCGAGGCAAUAAACGCAGGAAAACGAGUAGGCCGAGUUUAA